AUGUCAGAUGAUUAUUCCAUGGAUCAGUUUAAAGCGACACAGAUGUUCGACGAAAUCGUUUGGCACUUUCGUGCAAACCUGCCACUGAAAACAAAUAGGAGUAUGCUGACCAGUGUGGAAAACAGUUUCACUGGGAGAGAGGCGCUCGAUUUCUUGCUUGUAGAGGUGCCACAUAUUCUUCCUGGCAAGGUGACGACCGUCGAAAAAAUGGAAAAAUUGUUCAUGAUGAUGAUGGAUUGGAAGAUUGUCGCAGAAGCUUUCCCGAAGAAAAAUCAGAAGAGGCGCGAAUUCAGUGAUGCGCGAGUAUAUGUGUUCGCGAAGAGUUUGGAUGAAUUGCGGAAACCAAAAGUGCGGUCCCGUCGAUCUGCAUCGUUCAGUGGUGCCAGAAACAGUGUGAAACUGGUUCAAACAACUUCACCAUCCGCUACGGUAGUCAGAAGACCAAAAACGCGGCUAUCCAGAAGGUUAUCGAGAUCAAACGGUAACGUCGAUAGAGCUGGUGUCGAUAAUGAUCCGCGCGGAGUAGAAAAUCAUGGAUUCGACGAUCGCCGUGAAGAUGAAAAUCAGUACAAACAAACGAAGCGUACGAGAGCUCCGAAAGUUUUAAAUCGGUCAUUGGAAAGUAUCUGCCCGGACCACGACUCGGAUAAAGAAAACCAUACAGAAAAAAAGGAAAAAGUUUACGAUUGGUUGCCAUUUUUCAAAUCUCGACGGUACCACAAAUCACAUCAGCCUACUCGUCGGUCCGUUUCACUCGAUCGAAACCAUUGUAUGGUAAAAGCUCAAGAAGAUGAAGAGGAAGAAAAAGAGGAAGCUGUACGAAGCAAAAUGAAAAUCGCCACUCCUCCAAUUCGUGAAUCUGUGAAUGAACAAGUUUUUCUGCAUCCAAGAGGACCACUUUCUACUGCUCCAGCACGCUAUCAAAACCAUAGAACUAGUCUUGUGUGUCCCAAUCCAGCAUCUUUGUCUCGUGGAAGAAUGUACGAGUCAAUCAUGCGAAGAUCGUCGAUUGUACCACCAACAGAUCCUCCGCCACCUGUUCUGAAAGAUUGUAUUGUGUGGAAAACAGAGUUGCUUGAAAAGCUUGUAAAUCUGUAUGGACGUCCUCUUCCAGGCGAAUGGGCCUCUAAAGUUGACGGAUAUGAUAUUAGAUGGAAUACACAUGAAAUAGAUUCGAAUGAUGGAGUUGUCAAAUCGAGAUGCUCUGGACUCCAACCGGAUUAUCCAACAACUAUUGUCAACUUCAUGGAUUAUCUCGGACGUUAUCCCUUUUCAUCUGCGAAAAAGCUGGAUUUAGCUCCUGAACUCAACGUCAAUCGCAUGUUCGGAACACUUGUAAACCGCCUCGAAGAUCUAAACGCCCCACUUCAGCUCGACGACUGCUUAUUACUUGUGAGUUUCCUCAGCAAAAUGGAUGGCUUCGCAUCGAUGCUAGAAACCGGAGCAUCUCACCGAUGGUCAAAAGUGAUGAUGUCAUCUGCAUCGAGUAUAGAAGAAGCCGGACUCAUGGUGGAUGGGUUCUCUCGUGAUAUUCCAGCAUGCGGAAUCCGCGCUUCGAAGCAGAGAAGACGAGCGCUAUCGCCAUUCGACAAUAGAGUCAAUCUGGUGAUUCAAGAAGAGAAGUUGUACAAAAUCCGAGAGCAAUGGCUCAUUGAAGCAAUUCAACUUGUUCUUCUUUCACUCCCCACAUCUCGACGUCGUAAACUUCACAAAUUCGUCUGCUUUAUCAAAUCGAUUGAAACGAAUCAGCUUUUCGACCUUGCUGAUCCAUCAAACGGCUCUUCGAAUAACCGUGAAGCGGCAAUAAUUGGAUUAUGGACGGGUGUCUGUGGCGGUUGCCGAAAACAACAAGGAAUGCUUAUCACUGCGGUUCUACUGGCCAACUACCGAACACUUUUCGCAGUUCCUGAAGAAUUCGUUGAAUGUGUUCAGCGACUGGAGUACGCACAAAACGAUCAGAAUGAGGAUCCACAGUAUGCGAGAAUCAACAAAACGCGAAGAGUUCGGAAGCAACCUAUAAUGGAAGCGUCGCUUUCUUCUCCAGCAGCAUUCAAAAAAUAUUCGAAAGAUUCAAAAGAUAUCACAGUAGAAAAGUCAAAGAAAGGAUUGUUCACUCGACUUCUCCGGAAAUAA